AUGCAGACAAAUAUAGAAGCAGCAGAACAUUUGAAUGGUAACGGUACAGAUGUCAAAGUCUUUUCUUUCUCUGACAUUGAAAGGGCCACAAAUAGAUUCUCACUUGAAAAUAAGAUUGGAGAAGGUGGUUUUGGAGUUGUUUACAAGGGAAUAUUACCUGAUGGAGAGGAAAUAGCAGUGAAAAGACGAUCAAAAGGUUCUAAGCAAGGAUUUGAGGAAUUCAAAAAUGAGACAACACUUAAUGCAAGACUGCAACAUGUCAAUCUUCUUCGAGUAUUGGGGUUCUGCAAUGACAAGGAAGAACAAAUGUUGGUUUAUGAGUACAUGCCAAACAAAAGCCUUCAGUUCCAUCUUUUUGACCCUACAAAGCAGCAUCUACUAGACUGGAGACAACGUGUUUGUAUCAUUGAAGGAGUAACUCAAGGGCUAAUCUAUCUUCAAGAAUAUUCUAGACUGACAGUAAUUCAUAGAGACCUGAAAGCUAGCAAUAUUUUAUUGGAUCAUGAGAUGAAGCCAAAGAUUUCAGACUUUGGCAUGGCAAGACCAUUUAAAAAAGAUGAACAUGAAGAAAACGCCAGUAAACUUGUAGGGACAUACGGCUACAUACCUCCUGAAUAUGUUGAGAAAGGGUUGUGCUCCAUUAAAUCUGAUGUUUAUAGCUUUGGUGUCCUCCUCCUACAAAUUAUUAGUGGAAAAAGGAUCUCAAGCUUAUAUGGAGUGAGUAAUGAUUUGAACCUCUUAGAAUAUGCUUACAUGUUAUGGAAACAAGGAAAAGGCAUGGAAUUCGUGGAUUAUUCACUUGAUGAUACAUCUUCUCCUUGCAAAUUGAUGAGAUGCUUGCAAAUUGCUCUCCUGUGUGUCCAGAAAUAUGCAGAAGAUAGGCCUAGCAUGCUAGAAGUUUAUUUAAUGCUAAGAAACGAAAGCAACUUCAUAGCAAGCCCAAAACAGCCUGCAUAUUCAAACGUAGGGAAUGAAGAGGCGUUGAAGUUUAUUCAACGGCCAGAAAUUUGUUCACGAAAUGAAACAACAAUGUCUCCAGUUUGGGGUCGAUAGCACUUAACAGUGUUAUAUUUUAAUGU